GGGAUCGGAUCCUGCCCCCCACCCCGCCGCCCGUCUCAGGCCUCGGGUACCCGCCCACCCCUCCGUCCCAGGUCUCAGGCCCGGGACCUCCCCCGCCUGCCUAAGCCCCAACCCUGAUCUCGUUCGACCUGGGUUUGGAUCGCAGCCCCGGCAGUCGGAGCCCCUACAGCGGCCGCCAGGGACGUUGGGUCCCGGAGGGGUGAGAGGAAGCAGGAGCCAGGGGGAGGGGUGACCGCACAGAGAAAGGGCGCCGAGGGAUCCCCGGGGUCUGAGAAACUGCUUAUUCCAUUGUGGAAAGGAGAGAUGGCGACUUUACCUUAGUCUGCAAACAUCCCGUUACACCGGGCAAGAGAGUCCUGGGGGCUGUAGGGUGACUCCCGGCAGGGCUGAGAGUCUGGGAAUCGGGGAACUGAGGAUUUGUGGGGCUAGUUGUACUCAAUGAUCGCUGUAAGGAUUUUGGCUGCAUCUUCCAAAUGACAAUGCCUGAAGAGCUCCACUAACGUAUCUCCGCCGACAAGUCUUCGUGGGCCAUUGAGUGCACUAAUCUGUUGGGGCAGGACUCGAAGUUUGAAGCUGGUGUCCAACCUUUGACAAAGCCGCUGUGCUCUCCGAAUGUAUGUCAUAUUUGGAAGGACUGUUGAGAAUACGAGGCUUGUCUACAGAUCCGCCACAUCUUUUGCCAAUAGACUAUGUAACACAGCCAGAGAGAGAUUGAGAGCUAAGGAGUGAAAGAAAAUGAUGUACUCGUCCAGACGAAAACCCAUUCUCUACUUCACCAAGGAGGACAGCAGGUCAGGCCUGCUGCUCAGGAUGUUACCCAGAAGAUGUUCCAUCUUUAAAUUGUUUUGUACAUUUGUAGUCCUCGGAUUCUUUUCUGUCAUGUGGCUGCAGUAUAACUGUAGAAUAAACAGCAGCCAGCGCAGCAAGAAUGAUGCUUCAGUGCACGUGUCCUGCCGGGAGGAAACCGAUGAUCCAAGCUGGGGCCCUCACAAAAUUGCAAUCAUUGUUCCCUUCAGGGAGCGUUUUGAAGAACUUUUGAGCUUUGUCCCAUAUAUGCACGCAUUUUUAAAGAAGAAGAAAAUCAGACACAAGAUUCUUGUAAUCAACCAAGUCGAUCACUUCAGAUUUAAUCGUGCGUCUUUGAUAAACGUUGGUUUCUUGGAGAGUGGGAAUGAUACCGACUACCUUGCUAUGCAUGAUGUGGACUUGCUGCCUCAGAAUGAAGACCUGGACUACGGGUAUCCUGAGAAAGGACCCUUUCAUGUGGCAUCCCCAGAACUUCAUCCGCUCUAUCAUUACAAGAACUAUGUGGGAGGGAUACUCCUCCUCACCAAGCAACACUUUGAACUGUGCAAUGGGAUGUCAAACCGGUUUUGGGGAUGGGGACGCGAGGAUGAUGAAUUUUAUCGUAGAAUGACUGCAGCAGGACUCCAGCUUUAUCGUCCUACUGGAAUUCGGACAGGAUAUAAUACCUUCAAACAUUUCCAUGAUCCAGCGUGGAGGCGGCGAGACCAGAAGAGAGUAUCAGGACAGAAGCAGGAACAGUUUAAAGUUGACAAAGAAGGUGGAUUAAGGAACUUGAAAUACAGUGUUGGGUCAAGAACAGAGCUGACGAUCGCAGGGGUGCACUGCACUAUCAUCAACAUCUUACUGGAAUGUGACCUAAACGAAACACCUUGGUGCGUAAUAAACUGAUGGGAUAUAAGCCAGAAAUAAUUGGAUCUCUUCUAGCUGAUAUGGAACUGCUAACUAAGUGGAUAGACGUAUUGCUCUGUGAUUUUGGGCACCUGUUUCUACUGGUGAUGCUCUCAGUACACGAUGUCAUACCAAGUUCCGGGAUAGGAUAGGAAUACUCUAUGGGUGACGUAUUGAUCAAUGUUACAGAUUUUAGCUGCAUUUGACAAGUUGGUUACAAGAAUCUCUGAGUCUGAGUGGUUAGCAAUUUAAAAAGUUUCUUCAUGGGAAGUUGCUCAUAAACUAGCAAAAUCUUCUUGUCUCCAAGUCCUUAUCUUUUUGUUAAGGUCAUAGCCAAUAACCUACUUUAAGUGUUCUCUUGAUGGACUGUAUUUUGUCAUUUCAAUGAGGGAGCAGAGGCCUUCUGCCAAUAUUGCAGAACGACAUCAUCUGUUACCUUUCUGUAAAAGGACCUUUAAAGCUUGUGGUACCCACUUUAGAAACAAUGCCAACCCUAGCAUUGCAAUUCAGAGACCAAUGGAUUCUCCUCUUGUUCAUGGAAUGAUGGAACAGAAGUUUACAAAGAAUACUGAAAUCUCCAUAUCAAUGUGUCUGCAUUUGUCAGUGAACAUGGUUGUGACAUUGUGAUAAACGCGUUUACUGCUGUCAAUGAGUUGACAGAUUCAUCAUGCUGAUUUUGAAACUCGGCCAGUGCAAUGUUCUUGGUUACUAUCUGUACAGUUAGAAAAGCUACAUUCCAAGCUAAGUCGAGAAGAUGGAAAUGAUCUCACAAUGAAGGUAAAGAACACUAAGCAAAUAAAGAACAGUCUGUUUUAAAUUUUAACUGAUAAUUCCUCUCAUGCUAUUAAUUAAAAUAAUAGGCUAUGUGAUUUUGCAGCUCCUGUUUUUGGGGGUCUUCUGGCCUUUAAUUGUUCAAUGAGAGGGAACAAUGCAAAGCAACACACACAAAAUGCUGGAGGAACUCAGCAGGCCAGGCAACAUCUAUGGAAAAGAGUACCGUUGACGUUUCAGGACUGAUAAAGGGUCUCAGCUCAAAAUGUUGACUGUACUGUUUUCCAUAGAUGCUGCUUGGCCUGCUGAGUUCCUUCAGCAUUGUGUGUGUGUGUGUGUGUGUGCGUGCGUGCGUGCGUGCGUGUGUGUGUGCGCGCGCGCGCGCGCGUGCUGCUUGGAUUUCCAGCAUCCGCAGAGUUUCUUCUUUGUAAUGCAGAAAGCAUAUGCCUUGAUUAUUCUGCCAUCCAGUGGAAUAUAUGUAGUACUACAUCAUGUAUCACAUUCAGCUUCCGAUGGACAGUACCCAUAUGAUUAUGACAUUCUUAAGAGGGAUGAAGAGAUCUUCAGAUCUCAUUGAUUAUUUUGUUGUUUUAGUCUGCUUUGAAAUUGUAUUGUAAUCCAUGAGUUAUAAUUCUUGGGGUUUUUCGGGGGAUUUUUUUAACCUGUAAAAAAUCAUCUCUCAAAAAUAAAUUGUGAACAGUGGUCAAGGAUCUGUGUGGGGAGACAACAAUCAAUUGAAACAGAUUCAUAGUAAGAAAAUCAUAAAAUAUUGACAGAUUUGUUUCUUUAUUCGUCGAAGGAUUCAAUUUUAUUAAAGUAUUGAGCAUUUUAAUGGCACAAAGUUUGCUUUUUUAAGAACAUUUUGUAAGGAUACUUAUGCAUUAAUGACUGCUGCAGGUCUACAGCAGUGGCAAUGCCCAGUGUCUCCUAUCAUUCGGUAUUUGUGAAUGGGAUGUAUAGAAUAUCUGUAAGUGACCCUAAGUUCAGAACAAUUUGUGAAACAUGGUUUAUUUUAGUGUUUUACAAUGCUUUGCAAUACAGGACCAUCAAAAAUGGAUGAUGAUACAUCAGUAUUAGUGAAUGGAAACUACAAAUUAAGUGCAUUUCUUCAUUGUAUUUAUUUCUUAACUUUUCAGAUUAUUAUAGUAGAAAUAAAUUAAUUUUACCAA